CUUUAAUAACCUUGACACAAUGUUAUGAUAUGUUUAUUGACAAUGGAGCUAUCUAAUGUUGAGGAUACCAAGAAUGAAGAAUCAUUAUGCAUUUGACCAUUUCAAUUCUAGUGUUUUUGGCGGAACUGCAAAUUGGAAAAGGGAAAAUAUCAUGGAAACUGUUGACCGAACGUGUAAUUUUCGGACGUGAUGUUCAACUUCAUUGUUAUUUGCCACAUAAAACGUGCUGUCCAACUAGGACAUGGAUAGGUGGUCAUGAUUAUAAAACUUUGACUCUCAAUGAAUGGUCAUCAAAUUAUACAAAAUAUGAAGAGCAUUUGAUAAACAAAAAUAGAACAUCAAUAUUAACUAUAAAGUCAUUUUCGGAAGACGACGUGGACAUCAUUUACCAAUGUACUUAUGGAUUUUCCAGUUAUGAAGCCGUUUUGGAGCUGACGAAGCACAGAUAUGAGUAUCACCCGGUCAUAUUGGUUCCUGUUACUUUGAGCUUCAACACGUCGUGUAUACAUACAACAAUAACAUUAGAAAAGGUUUUCCCCGAACCUCUGUGCAGUGCCUAUGCUGAUGAAAAGGCUAUUACAAAGGAAGCUCUGAAAGUAAUCUCAAAACAUGACGGGAUCUUUUACAAAUCAAAGAUUGACUUCGAGUAUAUUGUCGAUUCACAGCAUUGCGUUGGUUUGGUAACCAUUACUUGUACCAUUGGAAGUUCAAACAUAAUUAUUGCAAAAAAGAAGUUAUCGUGUCAAAAUAGUUAUUCAAACCAAAGCCGUCACCUUGCUCGAACAGGUUUCAUUGCCUCAAGCUCAUUUCAGGAAGAACCAUCGAUUGUUUCAACACUUUUGAUUGUACCACUUUUCCAUUUUAUCAAGUAAUUAAGUUCUGUACAUUUUAAUGUAUGAAAACACCAAAAACAUUAUAUCAAAUGUCUUUGUAAUGGUUUUUUAUAUAACAUGUUGAGUAUCAUUAAGUGUACCAGGUUAACCUCUUUAUCCUAUUUCAAAUAUAAAGAAAACCAUUUAAAUUUUCAGAAAAUAUAACUAUAUCUUCUAUUUAUAUCCUAUACAACAUAACAUUUAUAUGUUAAUUACUGAUAGAAAUAGUUAAUUAGUUUUACAGGUCUCUGUUUUCGUUUAACAAAAAUGGCUUAUUAUCGACGCCAGUCAAAUAAUCGUAACAUUAUCUUAUAUAGAUUUCAAAGUUGCAGAAUGACAUAAUUAAACAAUAUAAAGUAUCAACGCAAUGAUCUAACGUAGUUUUCUCAGGAGAAAAUGCUUCAUGACAUGAAUGUUUAUCAAAUAUAGGUACAAAAAUGAUAUUACAAAUAAGAGUUGUCAAGUAAUGCUAGACUGUUUAACUUUGUGUAUUAAACAGAAAAGAAUAUUUCUUGACAUACAAGUAUAAACAUGUUUUGAUAAUUUAAAUGCUUCAUAGUAGCAUGCCUUAAUCGUUUCCAACUCGGUUCUUAAUAGAUGACCUGCCAUUGGGGGCAUAAAAUUUUCGAGCAUGAUUAUCUGAGGGAUACAUUCAUAAUGUGAAAAUGUUAAAACAAGUCGUUGAGCAGACAGUAAACAUCUCCGCGAAAUUUCAUAAAAGUCAACGAAAGAACGAGAUCCCACAAGUCAAAUCUCUUUUUUCCACAAAAAAGUAUGUUCCUUUAGGAUAAGGGGAUCUGUCCCAUUUCUUUUUGAUUUUUAUACAGUGCCAUACAAAAACAUUGCAUAUUCAUGCAUGGCAAUGGUGUAGUUUAUUGUAAAGGAUAUACCAUUUGUUUUUUUAGGGGUAGUGUUAUAGACUUUAUACACAUUUUUCUUUCAUUUUCAAUGAAAAUCUCCAUCAAAGACCAAAAGUAUUAAAUAUGAACAGUUAUAGGUCAUAGUAAAACCUUCAACAUGGAACCUUGGGUCAAACUGCUUCGAGUGUCAAUGAGACAAUUAGUUGUUUGUCACAAUGUGUAUUUCACAAAUAUCUUUUCCAUGGCCUAAAUAUUACUUAUUAAUCCACUGCACUGAACGUUGCGAUUGCCUUGUGCGAUGUGUCCUAUGGCAAAUGUAUCAAUAAUAUAAAUAUAUUUUGAUCGUGUUUGUUUUAAAGAUAAUAUAGUAAUUUCGUUAAAAAAAUCAUAUUUAAAAAAAAAUAGAAAAGAAUAAAUAAACAGGGCACUUUAAAGUACUGAUUAUCAUUGUGUAUGUAGUUUUAAAACAACACAAAUAAGAAAACAACUAUGUAAAUUAUUAUCUUAAGUUCAGAAGUAAAAACAAAUAAUGACAGUCGAAUAAAACAUUCAUUUUCCUUGACUGCGGGAGAUAUGAAGACAAGUUCACCCCGAAAGUCAUAUGCCCUCGUGAUAUAUGAUUUUUCUUGGGUGAAAAAAAUCGUCAUAUCUCCCUCAAGCACGGAAAAUAUAUGCAUACUAUUCUACCCCCAGGAUGAAGAACCUUUCUUUCUAGUUAAUCUUUAAUCCCAUUGUCCACACCCAAAAAAAACAUAAGUCCAAAUAUCUGAAAAAUUUUGCCAGCACGGCUCCUAGAAAAAAGGGUUUCAAUAUAUUACGACACAAAGGCCAAAAAGAAAGAAAGUAUACCUAGAAGUGAGGGCAGUUCCCCUUAUCCUAAAGGAACAUACUUCUAUGCAAAGAGAUAGCUUCCAUAAAUUCAUGAAACAAAUAAUUCCUUUUGUUUAUUGACUUACGUGAAAGACUAACCCUCCCUUGUGUAUGCAAGGUAUAAUUAAAUAAGUGUAGUGUACACAAAAGUUAUCAAUACAGUGGAGGAAGAUACAAAGAUGGUAACUGAAACAUACUUGGAAAAUACAUUGAAAGGACUUCAUAUAAUAAAU